AUAGAUGUUAUGAUGGCGAGCCUGUACUGGGUCCUUGGCGCGUUGGCCUUCCUAACGGGCGCGCUGGCCAGAGAAUCGACGUGGGGAGGCCUCUAUCCACGGGAGUCGGGCAGCAGGGAGGUAAAGUCGCUGGACGGCUUCUGGAACUUCCGCCUGGCGCCUCUCCACGACCCGUUGCAGGGGUUUCGAGAGGAGUGGUUCUCAAAGCCCCUCUGUAAGACGGGUUCAGUGAUAACAAUGGCAGUUCCGAGUAGCUACAACGACAUAACACAAGAUAAAGCCCUUAGAGACCAUGUCGGAUGGGCGUGGUAUGAUCGCACUUUUUACGUACCUGUGAGAUGGCAAGCUGACAAGCAGAGGGUUGUUCUUCGUCUUGGAUCUGCCCAUUAUAAUUCAGUCAUUUACAUCAAUGGCGUAGCUGUGACGUCCCACGAGGGAGGACAUCUUCCCAUAAUGGCUGAGAUGUCGAGCAGUCUUCGAUUCGGGAAGGAGAACCUCAUUACUGUGGCCAUUAACAACACGUUGACACCCAGCACGAUACCUCAGGGGAACAUUGUCUACCGUAAUGACACUACCAAGUAUCCUCCAGGCUACUUUGAGCAGCAGACAGACUUUGACUUUUUCAACUAUGCAGGUCUUCAUCGGCCUGUUUACCUCUACACAACUCCACAAACAUAUGUUGAUGAUAUAUUGAUUAAUACUGACAUUGAUGGGUCUGCAGGUAUCAUUAAUUACAAGAUAUUUGCGGCCACCUCUGGGAUUGGCCCUCAAACUGAAGACAAUGUGGGCUGUUCUGUUAAGCUCCUGGAUAAUGAGGGAGAUCACAUCACUAGUGCCAUGGGGUGUAUUGGCACUAUUAAGAUCAGCAAUGCCAGUCUUUGGUGGCCAUAUCUCAUGCAUAGUAACCCUGGCUAUAUGUAUACAUUAAUGGUAGCAGUAUCAGAUGCGUCUGGCGUGCUGGACCUCUACCCUCAAAAAGUUGGCAUUCGCACUCUCGGAUGGAACUCCACAACGCUGACCAUCAACAAUCGGCCCCUGUAUUUGCGUGGCUGUGGACGGCACGAAGAUUCUGAUAUCCGGGGCAAAGGUGUCGACUACCCACUGAUUGUGAAGGACUUCAGCCUCCUCAAGUGGCUGGGUGCAAACAGCUUCCGUACGUCUCACUACCCCUAUGCGGAGGAGAUCAUGGACAUGGCAGAUCAGGAGGGAAUCAUGAUUGUGGAUGAGAGUCCGGCUGUUGAUCUCAAAGGUUUUGGUAAGGAGCUGAUGGAGCGCCACAUCGCUGUCAUGCAGGAAUUAGUCCGGCGCGACAAGAAUCGUCCAAGUGUCAUCAUGUGGAGUGUUGGCAAUGAGCCAAGGUCUAAUGAGCCCGCUGCUAAGGAUUAUUUCAGUGCUGUGGUUAAUGCUACAAAAGAUGCUGACCCAACACGCUCUGUCACUUGUGUCUUGGCAGUUGACAAACAUUCAGAUUUUGCUGGAAGCAGCCUUGAUGUGAUUUUGGUGAAUCGGUACUUCUCCUGGUACAGUGACACAGGGCACCUGGAGCUGAUCUAUAACCAGACUGUGAAUGAGUUCACGGAGUGGCAUCUCCUCCACAACAAGCCUGUCAUGAUCUCAGAGUAUGGAGCCGGGACCAUUGCUGGUUUUCAUAUGGACCCUGCAUUCACAUGGACUGAAGAAUACCAAGCAGAGUUGAUGGUGGAGAAUUUCAAAGCUUUUGAUACACUCCGAAGCAAAGGUUUUUUUACUGGCGAGAUGAUCUGGAACUUUGCUGAUUUUGCCACGGCAAUGGGAUUCACAAGAGUAGCAGGGAACAAGAAAGGCAUUUUCACCAGGAAUCGGCAGCCUAAAAUGUCGGCCCACGUCCUGCGCUCCCGGUAUCUCAGUCUGGCAGAGACAUCGAAAAAGGACGUCAAAUCCUCACUGUGUUUUGAGCGGUAUAAGCCAUAGGGGUUUAUAUCAUGCAGUUUUUUAAAAAUUUGUCGAGAGUUCUGGGUGCUGUACUAUCAAGGAGCUUUUCUAGUCUCAGCGAUUCUGUAUUUUUAUCCCUUUUGGUAAAGGAACUGGAAGUGUAUUACUGUCGGCCUGAAAAUGUUGAAAAUUGAAAAUGUAAUUUUUG